GCUCUGACAGACUUUGGGGUUGUGCAUGAACAUAGAUCAGGCAGAUCUGUACUGUUGAAAACACUCUUCACAGGGCGCUGCAGUGGAUAUACGGGCUCCAUCUAGCCAGACUAUAAACCAACUAUCACCCAGAGCAGCAUGAGAGAGUGCAUCUCUAUUCAUGUGGGCCAGGCAGGUGUCCAGACAGGAAAUGCCUGCUGGGAGCUUUUCUGCCUUGAACACGGCGUCGGUCCUGAUGGGGUGUUUCUGGAUCAACCCACAGAACCAAACUCUAGAGAAGAUCCAUUCAACACUUUCUUUAAUACUGGGAGCUUUGGGCGUCACGUUCCACGAGCAAUCUAUGUAGACCUGGAGCCCACAGUGAUUGAUGAAGUGAGGGUUGGCAAGUACAAAGAACUCUUUCACCCUGAACAGCUGAUCUCUGGAAAGGAGGAUGCCGCCAACAACUACGCUCGCGGCCAUUACACUGUCGGGAAAGAAAUAAUUGAUGGAGUCAUGGAGCGUGUUCGUAAAAUGACAGACCAGUGCACGGGCCUGCAGGGGUUUCUUGUCUUUCACAGCUUUGGGGGCGGUACCGGCUCCGGCUUCACCUCUUUGCUGAUGGAGCGUCUGUCACUGGAUUACGGAAAGAAGUCCAAGCUGGAGUUCGCCGUCUACCCAGCUCCACAGGUGUCCACUGCUGUGGUGGAGCCCUACAACGCCAUCCUGACCACCCACACCACCCUGGAGCACUCCGACUGUGCCUUCAUGGUGGAUAAUGAGGCCAUCUACGACAUCUGUCGGCGCAACAUGGACAUCGAGAGUCCUGGUUACAUCAACCUCAACAGGCUGAUCAGUCAGAUCGUCUCCUCAAUCACAGCCUCCCUUCGUUUCGACGGCGCCCUCAAUGUCGAUCUAACGGAGUUCCAAACCAACCUGGUCCCGUUUCCACGCAUCCACUUCCCGUUGGUGACCUAUUCGCCCAUCAUCUCUGCUGAAAAGGCUUACCAUGAGCAGCUGACUGUGUCCGAGAUCACAAGUGCCUGCUUCGAGCCGACCAAUCAGAUGGUGAAGUGCGACCCUCGCCAUGGCAAAUACAUGGCCUGCUGCGUCCUGUACCGAGGCGACGUCGUUCCUAAAGAUGUGAAUGCGGCAAUUGCGAGUAUAAAGACCAGACGCUCCAUUCAGUUUGUUGACUGGUGCCCCACUGGUUUCAAGGUGGGCAUUAAUUACCAACCUCCAACUGCAGUUCCUGGGGGAGAUCUGGCCAAGGUCCAGAGGGCUGUGUGCAUGCUGAGCAACACCACUGCCAUUGCAGAGGCCUGGGCUCGUCUUGACCACAAGUUCGACCUCAUGUAUGCUAAGCGAGCAUUUGUCCACUGGUACGUGGGUGAGGGCAUGGAGGAGGGAGAGUUUGCAGAGGCCAGAGAGGACCUGGCGUGUCUGGAAAAGGAUUAUGAGGAGCUGGGUCAAAUGAACCCUGAUUCAGAGGACGACGACCAAGAAUACUGAAGCCUGUGAAGCCUUUGGGCUGUAACGCUGUAUCGAUUCUGUAUCUGCGUAUUUUCUUAGUUAGAAUUAAACAAACAAAUGAUUUUUCUCAACCAAUCAUGUGUUCUGUGUUACAGUAGUAGUCAACUGGUCUACAAAGAUGUCAGACAACCAAAUAAAUGAAUCCAAUUAUAAAAUGA